ACCCUGCCUCUCUCUCUUGCAAAAUGGCGGCCACCGCUCCCGCUGCGGCCCCUCCAGCGGCCGCCCCGCCGCAGAGCCCGACGGCGGCUCCCGCCACCCCGGCGGGGAGCGUUCCCCCUGCGGCCGCGCCGACUCCGCCCGCUGCGCCGGCUCCGCCGCCGGCCACGCCGCUGUCAGCAGCGCUCUCGGGCCCCUUCCCCGGCGGCCGCGUGGUGCGGCUGCACCCCGUCGUGCUCGCCUCCAUCGUGGAUAGCUUCGAGCGACGCAACGAGGGCGCGGCGCGGGUCAUCGGGACGCUGCUGGGGACCGUGGACAAGCACUCGGUGGAGGUCACCAACUGCUUCUCCGUCCCGCACAACGAGUCCGAGGAUGAGGUGGCUGUGGAUAUGGAAUUUGCCAAAAACAUGUAUGAGUUGCACAAGAAGGUGUCUCCUAGCGAGAUCAUCUUGGGCUGGUAUGCAACAGGUCAUGACAUCACGGAACACUCGGUCCUGAUCCAUGAGUAUUACAGCCGGGAAGCACACAAUCCAAUCCACCUGACUGUGGACACAAGUCUCCAGAACUCACGCAUGAGCAUUAAAGCCUAUGUCAGUGCCCCAAUGGGAGUCCCUGGUAAAACUAUGGGCGUGAUGUUUACACCCCUAACAGUGAAAUAUGUUUAUUAUGAUACAGAGCGGAUAGGAGUGGAUCUGAUCAUGAAGACCUGYUUUAGCCCGAAUCGAGUGAUUGGCUUGUCCAGUGACUUGCAGCAAGUGGGCUCAGCCUCAGCCAGGAUCCAGGACACCCUGACCAUGGUGCUGCAGUACGCUGAGGAUGUGCUGUCUGGCAAAGUGGCUGCUGACAACACUGUUGGGCGCUUCCUGAUGGAUCUUAUUAACCAGGUGCCAAAGAUUUCACCAGAGGACUUUGAGACCAUGUUGAACAGCAAUAUCAAUGACUUACUGAUGGUAACCUACUUGGCAAAUCUCACCCAGUCACAGAUUGCUCUCAACGAAAAGCUUCUGAGCUUAUAAAGGAACUUUUGCUACCGUACACUUAAAGAACCCUGAAGAAUGAGCAGAUACACUUUUCUGUCAUGUUAGAAAUUUCCUCGGACUGUAAUUUAAUUACCUACAUGACUUGGUUUACAUCGUUAUUUCCAUUGCUCUCAAAAAACCCUAAAAUGUUUUAGAAAAUAAAUGGGAACAGCUGCASUUCA